AUAUCAGUGCAUGUGUGUAUAUGAGCCAUUCGAUUUUGAGCGUUUGUUGGAGAGCCUUACUUGCGAAAAUGUUGCGUCAACUCACAAAGUUGUCUGUCGCCCGAGGAUGUUUCCAGAGGAACGAUGGUCUAAAGGUUCUUUCCCAACAUCAUCGCCAAAGACGGCACCAGAGUUCAAGACCAUGCCCGGGCCAAGCAGAAACCAUGAUGGAUAUUGGUACCAGAGCUAUCUUUGGUGAGGAGCAUGACAUGUUCCGGACAAGUGCACGUAGGUUCUUCCAGGAAGAGGUAGCACCCAAUCAGGAUAGGUAUGAGAAGCAGAGACACGUUGAUAGGGAGAUUUGGGAGAAGAUGGGCGCCGCUGGCUUGCUAGGUGUUGCCAUUCCAGCAGAUAAGGGUGGGGUUGGUGGAGAUCUUCUUAUGACUGCAAUCACAUGGGAGGAGCAAGCCUAUGUGAAUGGAGCUGGCACAUCAUUUCCUCUACACAGUGACAUUGUUAUGCCAUACAUUGAAGAGUAUGGUACCCAGGAGCAGAUUGAGAAGUUUCUUCCAGAUAUGGCAGCAGGAAAGAAAAUUGGGGCUAUUGCUAUGACAGAACCAAGUGCAGGAAGUGACUUACAGGGAAUCAAAACCAUUGCAAAGAAGGAUGGAGAUGACUAUAUCCUCAAUGGAAGUAAGGUUUUCAUCACAAAUGGUUUCCUGUCUGAUGUGGUUAUUGUGGUGGCAAUCACAGACCUGAGUGCUCAGAAGAAGGCCCAUGGAAUUGGCUUGUUCUUGGUCGAGGAGGGCAUGCCAGGAUUCACAAAGGGUAGGCCCUUGGAGAAAGUUGGACAAAAGGCUGUGGACACCUGUGAGCUUUUCUUUGAGGAUGUCCGUUUGCCAAAGUCUGCUCUGUUGGGAAAGGAAAAUCAAGGAUUCUACUGCCUCAUGAAUCAGUUGCCCAGAGAACGGCUUAUUGUAGCUGUAGGAUGCCAGGCCCAUGCCGAAUUCAUGUUUGAAGAGACCAGGAAUUACGUCCGGCAGCGCAAGGCAUUUGGCAAAACGCUUUCAAAUCUCCAAGUAAUCCAACAUAAGCUUGCAGAAUUGAAGACUUUGAUAUGUGUGAGUAGGAGCUUUGUAGAUGAUUGUUUGGAGUUAGGGAACAAUGGAAAGUUGGACACCUACACUGCUUCCAUGGCUAAAUACUGGACUUCUGAUGUCGCCAACAAAGUAGCGACAGAAUGCCUUCAGCUUCAUGGGGGCUGGGGAUACAUGUGGGAGUACCCCAUUGCUAGGGCUUUUUGUGACACCAGAGUUAACUCAAUCUAUGCUGGCAGCAACGAGAUCAUGAAGGAACUCAUCUACCGGCCUAUUGUAGCUUCUCAGUAAGCCAAUUAACCCAUGACCUAAUGGAACUGCCUUGUAGAACUGGGUGAUCUCUAUGGUAAUGGAAGAUUUCAACCAUCAAGGAAUCAGUUUAUAACAUUAAGUUAUUUCAUGCAUUGAUUGUUCAAAGCCCUCCAAAAAGAUGAAAGUGCCAAAUUAUGCUCUUGUGAUUUUUAUUUCACAUUUUUAUACCUCCUUUGUUGAAAGAUAUCAUAAACAUUCCAUAGUCAAACUUAUAUACAUGUAUGUUAGUAAUGAAAUUUCAGAUAAACUGCCACCUGAUUUUAAAAGAAAUAGAUUUUCGUAAAAUUUUGAUGACUUAUCUUUACUGCUCUGUCUAAUUAUUGAAAUAGAGAACUGAAGUGUGACAUCAUAAAAUAUCCAAAACUUAUAAUUACCUACCUAAUCUUUUGUUAUGAAAUGGUUUUAUGAAAAGAAGAAGACUUCUUAAGAACAUGUAAGUUUUCUUUGCUUGCAAAUUUUACACAAUUAUAUUAGAUUUAAAAUAUCAUCUUUCAUGCAACAUAUAUGACUCAAGAUGUAAUCAUUUUUUGUAUUGGAUGGCUCAGAAUAGAAUGCCAGAGAUAUUUUAUGAUCUAGGGCAAAUAUUGCAGGAAUAGCAGAUGAGCGUAAUUUUGGCUUAAAUGAUUGAAAUCUGUCUGUUAUUCCAUGAAUUAAUACCAUUCAUAAUAAGUACCGGUAAGUUAUUUAUUCCCUCACUUGUAAAGUGAUUAAAACAAACCAUGUCACUUAUCGCAAUCAGUUAUGGUUCUACUUUGAUUUUCAUCAUAGCAUUGCGACUGGCAGGUAGCUCUUUGUGACUUCAUAAUUAUUGCCCGCUGAAUUUUUGUGAUUCUUACACAUGUUUAAUUUGCGCAUCAUGCAGACCAAAAUUCAUUGUUGAGAUUCUUCAUAAAAACACCCUACAUGAUAAUCAUUCUUUUUAUUUUGCAAUGAAAAUUAUCUUUUUCAGAUAUGCCAAAAUUGUAAACACCUCUGAGUGAGCCAAAAUCAGGAAAGUGCUCAUGGGUUGGAAAUAAAAUAAGAUAAUAUCGUGAGGGGCUUUUUUUUUAUUGAAUUUGAAAAAAUGUCAUCAUAACAGACUUUCAAAUUCAAAACGAAGUCUUUAUCUUUUGUAACAUCAGAUCUUGGCACCAUCGAAGACAAUCCUCCAAACUCUCUUAUUUUUUCUAUUUUUCUUGUACUCUUCAAAUAGGAUAUUUCUAGAUCAGCAAUGCUAUCUACUAUUAUUAUUACAUUUAACAAAUUAAAUGAUACAUUGUCAAGAAAGCAAUAUGUAAAAUGCAAUAUUGAAGUAAUCUUAUAUGUAUAUCUGCAUAUCAUAAAAAUGAAAUUACAGAAAGGGCAUCCCAUGAAAUGAUAGCUCAGCUCACUGCCCUAUUCUUUUACACAGCUAUAUUGAAAUACCAAAAAGCAUGGGCUUGUGUCAUCACAUUGGGUUGUCGGGCAAUGCAAAUACCUGACCAUUCAAGAAAAGAGCUACCUAAAUUUCCAAAACAGUGGGUCCAGUUUACCCGACUAUUCAAGAAAAGAGCAUCCCGAAUUUCCGAAACGUCGGGUCCAGUUUACCCAAUGUUUUGUGAAAAUUAUAGCAAAAUAUAUGAAUGGUUGGGUAAUCUGAACCAGAUGUCUCGGGAAUUUAGGGGCUCUGACCCGAUGUGAUGGCAUAAGCCAAAGAAUGCAAGUACAUAAAGAGUUAUUAAGAUUAAAGUAAACCAUCUAAUGGAUAUGAAUGUAAUGGAUAUUGUAUGAUGAAUUUUAGCAUGAUAUGAAUUUUAUUUUCGUGGGGAGUGUAAAAUAUGUUUUAAAUUGCAUCUUUUUGCUUUUCCAGUAUCUACAUGAGAAGUCCAGUAAUGAAGACUUAUCUUUAUGUUACUGCUACCACAAGAUUUUUAUUGUAAUUUGGGGGCUGAAUAUAUUUUAAAGAAUCUGGUGCAUUUGAUAUCUUGAAUAUGAUACUGAUGUUCUCUAAAAAAAGACAAAUCUGGACAUGAAACCAUUUAUUAUCAUUAUUAUUGUAAUGCCAGCCAUUGGGAUGUGGAGGGUGUUUUUUUUUUUGGGGGGGGGCAUGAAGAGGAAAAUGCACAAUACAUUUUUAUAAUGUGCUACCUUUUAGAUUUUUUGCAGCUGCCAAUAUACUGACUAAUGAUACUUGUUUUAUGUACAUGUACAUACAAUUUAUAAUAAUCCUGGUAGACUACAUCACACGAAAGAUCUUGUUUUUUUAGUACACAUUUUUUAAUGCUUGUGCAUUUCCAAUGAUGAGAUCCUGUGAUCAAAAUCAUUGAAUUUAUCUGUUUUACAAGGCAUCCUUUCAAAUUAUUUGACUACCUUUCACUGAAUACUUGAACUGAAAUAAUUUUUUCAUGAGAAAUGUGUGUAAAUAAAUUAGAUUUAUAAUUAUAUUUUCAUGAAUGAAAUUAAAGAUUUAAAACUA